AUGCCGGUCGAUGCUGCAAAACUCGCAAAGCUGCAAGCGCAGGCUGCUUCGACGAGAAUCGGUGGCAAGGGAACCCCACGUCGCAAAGUCGUCAAGACGGCAAAGGCGGGAGGUGGACAGGAUGACCGAAAGCUUCAAGCUGCACUCAAGAAGUUGAAUAUGCAGCCGAUUACAGGUGUCGAAGAGUUGAACAUGUUCAGGGAAGAUGGCAAUGUUUUGCAUUUUAGCGCUCCAAAAGUCCAUGGCGCCCCGGCUGCGAAUACGUUUGCGGUCUAUGGCACUGGACAAGUCAAGGAACUGACAGAACUCGUCCCUGGCAUUCUGAACCAGCUCGGGCCCGACUCGUUGGCAUCGCUGCGCAAACUGGCCGAGUCGUACCAAGCCAUCCAACAGGGCCAGCGAGCGGCUGCUGGAGCGACAAAGGAGGAAGACGACGACGAUGUCCCCGAUCUCGUGGAGAGCUUUGAUGUACCAGACACGGCUGCAGGCGAGACGAAGAAGGAUGCCGACCUCGAGGAGCUCAACUGA